GAGAAACAACGGUGUGGUCUAUAUCCCCUUGGGUUUCCCUUGGCAAAGAUGGCGGCGAGCACAGUCGCCGCUGCUCUUCACAACCUCGAAGCCGGGCUCUGACGAAGCUUCUAAUAGGAAGCCGGGCAAACAUGGCGGCGAUGGGGGAGAGCUCGCCCAGCAUCGUGGAGUAUUUUGGGGGCGAUGGCGGCUACCGCUGCGGCUACUGCAAGAACGACACGGGCAACCUUUCCCAGGGGAUGUGGGCUCAUUCACUAACCGUUCAAGAUUACCAAGACCUUAUAGAUAGAGGAUGGCGAAGGAGUGGGAAAUAUGUUUACAAGCCCACAAUGAAUCAGACAUGUUGUCCUCAGUAUACAAUCAGAUGUCGGGCUUUACAUUUUCAGCCUUCCAAAUCGCACAAAAAGGUUUUAAAGAAGAUGCUGAAAUUCCUCAUGAAAGGAGAACUUAGUAAAAUAGAUAGUGAAGUGGAGCCUAUGGAUUCCCAUACCAAAGACGCUGAUGACUGCAGUUUUUUGUUGAAAAAUGAACCAGACACCAGCCAAUCUGAGCUAGAGCCCCUCAGCAUUGAUUAUACAGAGAAAGUGGAGAGUGAAGAAGAAACAAAAGGAGAAAUAAAUGCAAAGAAAGUAGAAACCCAGCCUGUGGAAUCAUGUAAAGAGACAAUUCAUGACAACUCCAGCAAACCAUUGCAAUUAGCUAAAAAAGUUGGUCAUGCAACUCCCAAGCCAGGCAAAGGAGCUGACUUGAGUAAACCACCUUGCCGUAAAGCCAAAGACAUACGGAGGGAACAGAAAUUGCAGAAGAAUCUUCAGAACCCUACAGUUCAAGAAGGGACUCAGAAUUUGCACGGUCAAAGCUCUAAAACUAAAACAAACCAGCCCAAAUCAAUUGAAGAUUUCAUAUUUGCCACUUUACCUUCUGAAGCUCUACACCACUUAGAGGUGAGGUUAGUUCCAGUUUCUUUUGAGGACCCACAGUUCAAAUCAUCUUUCACCCAAUCUGCUGCUCUGUUUGCCAAGUAUCAGAUAUCCAUACACAAGGAUGCUCCUUAUGAAUGUAACGAGAACCAGUUUACACGGUUCCUCUGUGAUUCUCCACUUGAGGCAGAAAACCUACCUAAUGGUCCUGACUGUGGCUAUGGUUCUUUCCAUCAGCAGUAUUGGCUUGAUGGAAAGAUAAUUGCUGUGGGUGUAAUUGACAUCCUUCCAAAGAGUGUGUCGUCUGUGUAUCUCUACUAUGAUCCCGAUUAUUCUUCUCUUUCUUUAGGAGUCUACUCUGCACUAAGAGAAAUUGCUUUCACUAGACAGCUUCAUGAAAAGGCCCCUGAACUAAGCUAUUACUACAUGGGAUUUUAUAUUCAUUCGUGCCCUAAAAUGAGAUAUAAGGGGCAGUAUAGACCUUCUGAUUUGUUGUGUCCUGAGACUUAUGUUUGGGUACCGACUGAGCAGUGCUUGCCUUCUCUAGAACAUUCAAAAUAUUGUCGUUUCAACCAAGAUCUAACAGCAGGUGAUGAAGGAAAUUUGAAGGAACUAGAUCAAGUUUGGAUUCUCCAUAAGAGAACAGCUAUGCGUUAUAGUGUGUAUAAGAGAAGACGGAAAGGACUGAACGAUGAAGAAACCGUUCGACAAUAUGCAACUCUGGUGGGACAAGCGUGUUCGGAACGGAUGCUGCUGUUUCGAAGCUGAAGUGUUCAUUCUGUGGGUGUUCUGUGGACCUCAUAUUGCACUAUUGGUGGAUGAUACAACCUUACAGGUUUUGUGUUGACAUGCUUGUUGAAAAUAUAACUUUAAAUAUUUCUAUAUGCUUAUGGAAGAUUAAUACAUAGAAAUAUCUUUUAAAUAAAUACAGUUUGCAACAUUUUAAAGCAAAGAUUCAGUAAAAUGUAGCGAUCCUUUGUCCUGUUGCCCUCCUUGCAUUCUGAAAAAUGUGCAUGGUAUGAACUAUGUAAGUGAUUGGAACGUUUCUUCCCCCCUGAGUGGCCUUGAAGAUAAUCCCUUAGGUGGAAUAUUUAAAGUUACCUGGGUGCUAAAAUGUAGUGAAACGUACGUAAUACUCCCAAUUUUGUAUUACAAGGAAAUGUGUUCAUGCAUGCUAACAUAACUCCAGAACCCAUUGAAACUUGGGUCCUUGGAAUAAGCUUGUAUUUGCCCUACUGAAUCCAAUAAUAAACACCAACUGAAAUUCUUCUGAAUUGUAGACUUGGCUUGUAGAAGGAAUGGGAACCAUUCAGCAUUCUAGAUAUUGUUGAUCUCCACAUCUCAUCACCUCUAGCCAGCAUAGCCAUGGAUGAGGAACGAUCAGGUUUAUAGUCCAAUAACAUCUGGUGGUGUAGUGUCUUAUAGAAUUUAUGAUAUAUGGCAACACAUAAAGCCAUCUAAUGUGAAAUCUAUGCACUGUAGCCUUUUAGAUAUUUGCUGCAACUCUUCUAACGUUAGCUUCAGAUAAUGUAGUCUUGAAAUAAUUUUUAAAAAUUGGGACUGUUUUAGCUGAUUUUUUGGUAAUUGAUACAUUGAGAAGUAUUGGAAUUAAAGCCAAGGAUGGAUUCAUAGUUUAACUACCAAAGAAAUUUAUUUAAACAUGGCAAUGGAUUGAAGUUAUAUCUUGGGGUCCAUCACAGUUUUCUGGUACGUCUCUCUCGGUGUGUUUUGGCAUUCUUAAUGCCUAUUUCUGUUUAUUACAAAAUCUUGGAAUUCCAUAUCCAACAGCAAGCUAGUUUGUUGUAAAUGAUUUUUUUCAUUGUAAGAACACAGUUGUAAACCUAUCUAACCAGCGUUGUUGAUGUCACAUUAGCUUUCCAAAUUUCAAUAAAACUGCAAAAUACACAUA